UAAGCACUCCCUCAAGUCUCAGUCUCAGUCUCGACCCUGACACUCACACACAAGAAAAUUUAUUUUCUUGAGAAUGGCUGAUAACAAGUCGAGCUUUUGUGGGCUUUGUUUGAUUUUUUUGGUGUUAAGUGCAAAUAAUACAAGUCUUGGAAGGGGUCAAGAAGAUGCGUUUGCACCGGAAGGCAGUCAAAGGAGGAGAGAGUUAGUCCCGGCCAUGUUCAUUUUUGGUGACUCUCUCAUAGACAACGGCAACAAUAAUAACUUGCCUUCUUUUGCUAAAGCCAACUAUUUACCUUACGGCAUUGAUUUCAAUGGCGGACCGACCGGACGCUUCUCCAAUGGUUACACAAUGGUUGAUACCAUUGCCGAAUUGCUUGGACUACCACUAAUUCCCGCCUACUCUGAGGCUUCUGGUGAUCAAAUGCGGUAUGGAGUUAAUUAUGCCUCUGCUGCUGCUGGUAUCCUUGACAUCACAGGCAGAAACUUUGUUAGUCGGAUUCCGUUUAACCAGCAAAUCAAAAACUUUGAGAACACUCUUGAUCAAAUCACAGACAGUCUUGGUGCACCAGACGUGGCACAGGCUCUAGCUAAGUGCAUUUUCUUUGUUGGGAUGGGCAGCAAUGACUACCUCAACAAUUAUCUCAUGCCAAAUUAUGACACAAAGUAUCAGUAUAAUGCUCAACAAUAUGCAGAUCUCUUGGUUCAACAAUACUCCCAGCAGCUCACUAGGUUGUACAAUCUUGGAGCUAGGAAAUUUGUGAUAGCAGGGCUGGGACUAAUGGGUUGCAUUCCAAGCAUCCUUGCUCAGAGCAGCAAUGGUAUAUGCUCAGAAGAAGUCAACCAACUUGUUCUUCCAUUUAAUACAAAUACUAAGGCUAUGAUCAACAAUCUUAGUGCUAAUCUUCCGGGCGCUAGAUUUUCUUACAUCGACAUCCGAAAUAUGUUUCGAGAUCUCCUUGCCAAUGCUGGAUCAUAUGGAUUUAGCGUGUUAAACCGAGGCUGUUGUGGCAUUGGGAGGAACAGAGGGCAGAUCACUUGUCUUCCAUUCCAGACGCCAUGUCCAGAGAGGAAUCAGUACAUAUUCUGGGAUGCAUUCCACCCAACAGAAGCUGUAAAUGUCUUGUUUGGACAAAAAGCUUUCAACGGAAACACUGAACUUGUUUACCCCAUAAACAUUGAGCAACUUGCCAAUCUUUGAUUUUGCAGUCAAAUCUGGCAAUCCCCAAUCUUAAUGUAAAACUUACCACCCUCCUUUCUUGUGAUCUGCUGCUAAGUUCAUUAGACUGUCUAGAAUCAACUUGUGGGGCGAAAAGUUGUAGGAAAUUUCAUCAAGGGAACAGUAGUAAAUUUUCACCUCUGCUAAA